GAAGCGCUGCUGCGCCCGCCGGAAAAGGUCCCGGCGCCGCCAACCGUCCGCGCCGCCCAGGCCCCUGCUCGCCGCCCAGGCCCGCGCCCGCCCGCCGUCCCGAGUUCCGCCCGCCCGCCCGCCUCGCCAUGACGGACCGCUACACCAUCCACAGCCAGCUGGAGCACCUGCAGUCCAAGUACAUCGGCACGGGGCACGCCGACACCACCAAGUGGGAGUGGCUGGUGAACCAGCACCGCGACUCGUACUGCUCCUACAUGGGCCACUUCGACCUGCUCAACUACUUCGCCAUCGCCGAGAACGAGAGCAAGGCGCGCGUCCGCUUCAACCUGAUGGAGAAGAUGCUGCAGCCCUGCGGGCCGCCCGCCGACAAGCCCGACGAGUCCUGACCCUCCGUCCUCCUGGUCCCGGCCCUCUCUCCCGUUGUGGUUCCCGCGAAGGAUUGACCGCGAGAAGCGUCUCAAAAUGCCUGCUUCCGGACUCUGACUGUGCAGUCGUUCGCCUUUUUUCAAGUGGAAUAUAAUAAAGCUUCCUGGGCAUUCCUAA